AUGGACGCCUCCGCCUCUUCUCUCCCCUACACCUGCAACACUUGCCUUGUUGCUUUCCGCGGCAGCGAUGCACAGCGGGGGCACAUGCGCACCGACUGGCACUUGUAUAACAUGAAGCGUCGGAUUGCCUCCCUUCCCCCAGUGUCCCAGGAAACCUUCAACGAAAAGGUCCUCGUUGCCAAAGCCACCACCACUGCCGCGGCCGCCAAGGCAUCGUUCGAGACGACCUGUGUCGCUUGCCAGAAGACCUUCUACAGCGAGAACUCCUACCAGAACCAUAUCAAGAGCUCCAAGCACAAGGCUCGCGAGGCCCGCAUGAGCCGAGACAAUGCCGACGAGUCGUCCUCCGUCAUGAGCUCCACUUUCUCCCUGGGAGAACCCAUCAACAAGCCCCGCGUCGGAGAGUCCGAGGUCAACAAGGUCGCCGAGACCCUCAAGGAUGCUACCAUCAAGGAGGAGAGCAAUGAAGACGAGGAGAUGUCUGAUGAUGGAUUCUUUGCGUCUCGUUGUCUUUUCUGUCUGCAGAAGUCAGCCAAUGUUGAAGAGAACACCGAGCACAUGUUCAAGACUCACGGCAUGUUCAUCCCCGAGAAGGACUACCUCGUUGACCUUGAGGGUCUUCUCCGCUACCUGUGGCGCAAGAUCAACGAAAACAGCGAAUGUCUCUACUGCCAUAUGAUCCGGAACACCCCCGAAGGCAUCCGCACCCACAUGAAGGACAAGGGCCACUGCAUGAUCGCAUUCGAGUCCGAGGCCGAGCAGAUCGAGAUCGGCCAGUACUACGACUUCCGCAGCACCUACACAGAUGACGAAGAGUGGGAGUCCACCGGCAGCGAGACACAUGAGGAAGGAGGCGUCAAGGUUGACGGCGAAGACGAGGGAUGGGAGACAGACGCCUCAUCCAUGGACGAGGAUGAGGACGACCUCGACAACCGCAAGCGCGCGCCCGUCGUCUACGCCACCGACUACGAGCUGCAUCUUCCCUCCGGCCGCAGCGUCGGCCACCGCUCCCUCGCCAAAUACUACCGCCAGAACCUGCACAACUACCCCACCGCAGAGGAACGUGCCGAGCGCCAACUUGCCAUCGAGAACGGCGAGAUCGAGGAAGAGGAGCCGAAGCCUCGUGGCCGCAACCUCAACCGUGCGCUUAUCACCCGUGCCAAUGGCGGUACUGGUAUGAUUGGAGUGACCGACUCUCAGAAGAAGGAGGUGAUGAUCACCGAGCGCAAGGAGCGCCAGAGAGCCAUGCGGCAAGAGCAGCGCUUCACGGCACGGGUCAACCGGCAAGCCAACCACCAGAAACACUUCAGAGAUCCUCUCCUGCAAUGA